AUGCUUCUCGACGAAGAUCCGGCUGCCCUCAUUGCGCAAUGCACCUCACACUUUAAGAUUGCAAACGACAAGACGUCACUUCAUCGCAUCAAUGAAUCGCUUAGCACACUCAGCGAAUUCCGCACACAACACCUACGGUCCAUUCAAUCCUCCCUCAGCGCACUAAACCGGACACAUCAAACCCUUUCGGCGAACCACAACCACACCUUAUCACAACACAAUCCAACCAACCAUGCAGCAGAAAUCUUGAGGUUAGAUACCGAAAAGUUCAAGAUUGCGAAACAAGCAAGCGAUUUGGAGAUUGAGGGCGAGAGGUUGCAAAGUGAUUUGGCAAGGCUUGGGAACGUGGCUAGCGAGUUGGAAGAGGAAGGUGUGGAAGGCGGCGUUGAACCUAGGGCGGGCGAGGAUGCUACUGUUCUAAAACUGAAGCUUUACCGCACUCUUGGCAUCGACGUCGAAGCCGACCCUACGACUGGCGAGUACAAUAAGGCCGUCAUCCGAAACGCAGCAAAGGGCGACGUGCACGUUGUAAACAUCGACCCCAAGUUCUCACGUCACUUUUACACAAACUACUUUUGGCGGACCAUGUGA